UUCUUUCCUUUGUUCUGAUGCAGAGCUACAAGAUCCACCAACAGAAUGACCUUCACAUGUGACCAGUGUGGAAAAGUGUGGCCAAAAGCUUCAGAACUGAAAAAACACUACAGAACUCACACAGGAGAAAGACCAUACGAGUGUGACCAGUGUGGGACAGGAUUCAAACGAUCAGAUCAUCUCCAUCGACAUACGAGAAUCCACACUGGAGAGAAACCGUAUGAGUGUGACGUUUGUGAGAAAACAUUUUCAGAUUCAGGCACCUUAAAAUCACAUAUGAGAGUCCACACUGGAGAGAAACCGUAUGAGUGUGACCAGUGUGGGGUCCAGUUUAGACAGUCUAGUGCCCUCCAUCAACAUAUGAGAAUCCACACAGGGGUAAAACCACACAGAUGUGAUGUUUGUGAGAAGACAUUUUCGCUGUCACACAACCUAAAAUCACAUAUGAGAGUCCACACUGGAGAGAAACCGUACGCGUGUGACCAGUGUGGGGUCCAAUUUAGACAGUCUAGUGACCUCCGUAAACAUAUGAGAAUCCACACAGGAGAGAAGCCCUUUGAAUGUGAUGUUUGUGAGAAGACAUUUUCAUGGUCAAGCAACCUAAAAUCACAUAUGAGAAUCCACACUGGAGAGAAACUGUACAGAUGUGACCAGUGUCUUAAUAAACACAUGAGAGUUCAUUUUGAAUACAGACUAUAUGAGUGUGACCAGUGUGAAAAGUUCUUCAGAACAUCCCAGGAACUGUCCAGUCACUACCGAACGCACACAGGAGACGAACCAGACGACUGAAGAAAGAGGGAAGGAUUUGGGGUCUGUGGGGAAAGGAGAAAGAGCUGCUGAGGCCGGAUCAAGUGAGCCUAAAGUCAGACUCAAGAAGCUGGAGAUCAGGCUUCAGAGACUCCAGACUGUGGAGUUGGCCGAUGUGUAGUGUCAAAAAUACAAGUGUUAAAUGACACGUUAAGAUGUUUUUCUUUCCAUCCAUGUUUGUUCAUCUGUUCUUUGUUGUAUUGUUUUUAAACUUUGUGCGUUUAGUCUUGUUUGACUGCACUUCCUGAAAUUAAAAUUCCAGUUCCCUUAAUUAAAAUAUAAGAAUUAGAAAAUAAAA